AUGCUUAAACAAGCCAGUGAGUUCCAGGAGUGCCUACGAAAGCUGAAGCGCAUCGUUGCGCUUGUCGGCGCUGGCCUUUCUGCGUCGUCGGGGCUUCCUGUGUUUCGAGGCUCUCAAGGGCUCUGGAAAAACUUCAAUAUGAUUGACUUGGCCACACCAGACGCCUUCUACAUCGACCCGGGUCUCGUGUGGCAGUUUUACGCAUGGAGACGGCACGUUGCGCUACAAGCCCAGCCCAAUGCUGGCCACCGGGCGCUAGCAGCACUUUCUCACGAUAACUCACGAGACUUCCUUACCAUCACUCAAAACGUAGAUGGGCUUCUGGCGCGCGCAGGCCACCGCCAACGGCACCUCUACGAGAUCCACGGCUCCCUUUUCGAGCUACGGUGCACGAGUUUCACUUGCACACAUCGAGAACGGAACUACGAGGACCCGCUCACGGAGGCCCUCAACCAGGAAGAGGAAGAAAAGGCCAAUCUGAAGGCUAAUGUCGACACAGGAGAACUGCCGCAAUUUGCACCCACCAAAGAGCUUCUGACCGAGGAGCUUCCGCUGUGUCCCGUUUGCGGGACUCUCAUGCGUCCUGGGGUAGUGUGGUUUGGCGAGUCGCUCCCGUUGCGAGCUCUCGAUGGCAUUGAUAACUUCCUAGAGUCUGGGCCUGUGGACUUAAUCUUGGUAAUCGGCACGAGCGGCACUGUGUACCCGGCCAAUGGGUACGUGGAGCGAGUGCGUCAGCUCGGCGGGAAAGUGGCCAUCUUCAACACAGACAUCGAAGAAGAGGUGUUGGCCGGGCAGGUAGCGGACACUUGGGGAUUUCAAGGCGACGCUGCUGAAACUUUGCCUCAGAUGUUGCAAGAGUGA